AUGUGUGCCGGCGUGUGGGUGUGCGGCGUACGGCGCACGUCAGUGUGCGUCCGCGCGCCUGUGUGCGUGUUCCCGCGAGGCGCGGCGGAGCGAGCGCGGCCGCCAGUCGUGUUCCGAGCGUCGCGGGGUUGCCGCGCCGUCGCCGCGCCGUUCCCAACUCGCGAUCCCAACUUUGAGCACUGGAAACUUUUCGACGCGAUCCCCGCACGCACCCGACGCCCGCGUCCGCCUUGUCGAGUCGCGACGCAGCAGCGCCCGCGAGCGACGCCGCAUGCAACGCCGCGCGUGCCCGACGCGCACUCGUUCUAUUUUCGAAUAUUCACCAAACGCUCCAGUGUGGCGGCGGUGUUUUCGAAACGUAGCCCGUCGCUGCCGGGU